CGCCUGCAAAUUUUUCUACAGAGAGAGAAGGAAGCUUCACGCUACCCAACAAAUAUUUACAAUCGGUUGUCUUCUUGGUAUCAUUUCAAUUUCAAUUGUGGGGUUAAAAAAUGGCUGAAUCAGGAUUGAUCAGCAAGAAGAAACUGGAAGGAAAGGUGGCGAUAGUCACUGGAGGCGCAAGUGGGAUUGGGGAGGCAGCAGCCCGACUUUUUGCCAACAAUGGUGCACGCAUGGUGGUGAUCGCUGACAUCCAAGAUGAAGUGGGCCGAAGAGUAGCCGAAUCCAUUGGAUUGGAGCAAGCCAGCUACAUCCACUGUGAUGUUACCGAUGAAGAGCAAGUCAAAGCCAUGGUGAAAUCGACUGUCCAAAAUCACAAGCAGCUCGACAUCAUGUUGAGUAACGCUGGGUUGUUAAGCCGCUCUGACCAAACCAUUCUUGAUCUUGAUUUCUCAGAACUCGACCGCAUGUUUGCAGUCAACGUCCGCGGCAUGGCGGCUUGUGUAAAGCAUGCGGCACGUGUGAUGGUCGAAGGGCAUGUGAGGGGGAGCAUUGUGUGCACGGCGAGUGUGGCCUCUUGCUCUGCUUUUGACAAGUUCAUUGAUUAUUUCAUGUCGAAGCACGCGGUGCUUGGACUGGUUCGAUCAGCGAGCAAUCAGCUUGGAGCACAUGGGAUCAGGGUGAACUGCGUAUCACCAUAUAUAAUUGCUACGCCGAUGACAUGUCAUGCGGUUGGGAUGGAUCCUGAGCAAGAAGAGGAAGUGGAAAAGAUUUUUGAGCCCAACAUUGUUCUGAAAGGGCUUGCAUUGAAGGCGAUUCACGUAGCCGAUGCCCUUCUGUUUCUUGCUUCCAAUGAUUCUGCGUGUGUCACCGGCCAUAACCUUGUGGUGGAUGGUGGCUUCCUGAUCAAGUAAUCAAGUUCCAACUCUAGUUAAGCAGCAAAAGCUUUGUUUGCAAUAAAGAUGCCAUUUGAUAACAUCUUUGUAAUAAUAUGCAAGAGUAAAUUGUUAGAUGGUUCGCCCAA